GCUGAAUAUAUAUCUUUUAUCAGUCAAAAUCGUUUUUUUUUGCUACAAAGUUCUGAUGGAAUGGGGUGACAGUUUGAGAGUCGUUACGGUUAUAUUGAAUUAAUAUAAAGUUUAUAAAUGACGCGACGGACAGCACGUGCGAGAUGUAAUUACACCAUUAAGAAAAAUAAUCGAUGUAUCUUGAUUACCGAUGUUAUUUAGAAACCUAUUUAUUCCGUACACAAGAUGUCGACCCCUUGACCACUUUAGUUUUUGAUCAACCAAUGGAUAGUGUUUAUUUACUUUUUAUUAGCUCUGCACCUGCUAAAAGAACUUGUGGGGACCCAUUUCUUCGUAAACAGUGGAGAACUUCAACAAUUAGGAGUUUCAGGGUACAUUACCACCAUUGAUAAUCCUGGAAGUCCUCACGAUGUACGGAUUGCUACUGGAGAGUAUCCAGCAUUACAUCAUAGAGAAGUAUGGAACAGAUCAGUGGAAUCAAAUUUUGGAGUAUGUACAACAGAAGAAUAUUGUCUUCACCACUCACAAGAUUUACACAGACGGUCUCAUUAAAAAGAUCGCCAAAGGAUGUUGUCAUGUGUUUAACGAGCAAAAGAGUGAGGAAGAUUACUUGCUCUUUUUCGGCAAGUGUUUUGUGAAAUUCUUUAAUCACUGUGGAUAUGACAAAAUUGUUCGUCUGCAAGGACGUCAUUUCCGAGAUUUUCUUUACGGAAUUGACAACCUUCACGAAAUGAUGCGGUACAGUUACCCACGGAUGCAAAGUCCCUCAUUCCUUGUUCAAUCCGAGGACAGGUACGGAUGUGUACUUAGCUAUCGUUCCAAACGGACCGGAUAUAAAAAUUAUGUGGCAGGCCAGUUGACACAGUGUGCCAAAAUGUUUUAUGACAUUGAUAUAGAAUUAGAAAUACUGCUAGAGGAGAUAUUGGAUAUCGGAUGCAAUGUUACAUUUCGGAUUAAUUUCGACAACUCUGCUUAUUUUGCUCCCUUGCAAGCAUCAGUCCAAAGCAACUUUUAUGACGACAUCGAAUUUAUAUCAAACGAAUUGUUCUUCAAGGUUUUUCCGUUUAGCAUUGUCUUUAAUGAAGACAUGAUUGUGACCAAAACAGGAGAUAGAAUGUCCAAAUGGUUAGACACCAACGAUCUGAUCGGUUCUUACAUUAAUGUCCGCUUCAAACUAAGAAGACCAAUAUUAGAAUUCACCUGGGACAGUAUUUUAACUCAUCAAUCCGUUGUGUUUGAACUCCAAUGUGCCAAUCUCACCCCUCGAAGACAUUCCAUAACUACUGACAUGACGUCACCAUAUGAGAAAAAGCUCUAUAAUAAACACAAGCUCAUUUUCCGUGGACAGAUGAAGUACAUCCCUUGCUGGGACGCCAUUGCCUUUCUAUGUAAUCCAUUAGUUGGCUCCCUUGAGGAUAUGACUCGGGUCGGUCUGUUCAUCAAUGACCUUAACCUCUUUGACUGCAGUAGAGAUAUCGUUCUCAAUGGCUGGCAGUAUGCAUCGCAGUUGGAAUUCUCUCUUGAACAGCAACAAGAAAAUAGCAAGCUGAUUGCAGAAAACAUGAAAAAACAAGAUGAAUGGCGACUGAAGAGCGAGACACUACUGUACUCCAUGAUUCCAAGAACAAUUGCCGAACGCUUAAAGCGCGGAGACGACCCGAUCAAAACAUGCGAGAUGUUCGAGCAAGUGACGAUUUUGUUCAGUUACAUCGUAGAUUUCACAGAUAUCUGCGCAGAAGCGUCAGCAAUGCAGAUCGUCAAAUGUAUUAACGCAGUGUUCACUUGCUUUGAUGCUGUUGUUGAUAAGUAUGAUGUUUUCAAGGUGGAGACAUUGGGAGACGCCGUGUAUAUGGUGGCCGGGGGUGUCCCAGACAGAAAUGAAAACCACGCGGUCAAUGUAGCAGGGCUGGCUAUAGAACUAGUGGAAAAAGCAGCCAGUUUGACCGACCCCGUCACGGGAGAAAAUCUCCAGCUUAGGGCUGGCAUGCACACAGGAAGUGUGGUUGGGGGAAUUGUGGGAAAGAGGAUGCCCCAGUACUGUCUGUUUGGUGACACUGUAAAUACAGCAUCACGAAUGCAAUCAUACAGUGAGCCAGGGAGGAUUCACUUAAGUGAACCGUGUCAUGAGUGUUUGAGGGGAAAAGGAUUUACCACAGUCUAUCGCGGAACGCUGAAUGUCAAGGGCAAAGGUGAGAUGAAUACAUACUGGCUUGCAGGGAGAGAAGGAGAGACACGAACAAAAGUUAUAUGUGAAUUACUCAAAGCUGAGAAAUCUAAAAAGAUGAAAACACAGUAUCGGUACAACGAUGUAAAACCCUAUUCAUUCUUCCAUGCAAAGUUAAGUUCGUUCGACAAUGGCUUUGAUCUACAUGGUAUGCACAAUAUCACUAGCUCUGCUAACUUUUCACUGCUACAGGCAAGUGCCAGCAAAGAGGAUUCUGAGACCAAGGAAUCCAAGCCCAAAAGUGUGCCCAAGAAAAAAGCUUCCUGUCCACUAGACAUUGUUGCCGAAAGUGCCUCAGAUGAUCAAACAGGCCCAAAACCAGUUUUUGUGUAAAAAAAAAACCAUUCAAACCCAAAUCUGAAACAUAUCAAAAUACAGACAAUGGCCUUCUAGCUUGAUUUGAUUCAUGAAAGGCAUGUGAUUUGAUUAUAUUGUUUUGAUUUUACAUUAAUAGCAAAUAAAUUGUUUUUCAU